UUUCAAAAGAUCAUGGACACUUUUAUUGAGAAGGUAGUAGAUUUUGGAGUUAAGAAGUUCAAAAGUAUCAGUGAAUUCAAGGAGAAUCUGGAAACCCUGGAAAGAAAUGUAAAGCUACUAUCAGAUAAAGCAUUCGAUGUGAAGACAGAGGUCGAGAAUCGAGAGCGAUCUGGGAAGAAGAAGAGAAAAAGAGAAGUUGAUUCUUGGUUUGACCAGGUUAUAAAGACCGAAGAAGAAUUACGUGCUUUAAAGGAAGUAACAAGAGGGAAGAAAAAUGGAGGUUCUUUGGAGAAGAUGAAUGGAAGGGUUGGAGAACUUCUUGAGCAAAGUAAACAUUUUGGAAUGCCCGUACAUGAUAUAUAUGAGAGCGAUGAGUGUCUACUGCUGGCACCGCAAGUUCAUGAGGAAACAUCAGAACAAAAUUUAGAAGAGAUUUGGAUGUGGUUACAGGAUGAAAAUGUCUCAAGCAUCGGUAUAUAUGGCAUGGGAGGUGUGGGCAAGACGACUUUGGCAAAACAUAUACAUAAUCGGUUUGUUAAAGACACUCGUUAUCAAGUUCAUUGGGUUACUGUCUCUCAAGGGUUUAGCAUCAAAAGAUUACAAGACGAUCUUGCCAAAAUUGUGAAUCUGGAUCUUUCAAAUGAGGAGGAUGAACAUAGAAGGGCAGCUAAAUUGAACGGGGCAUUCAAAGAAAGGAAGAACAUUGUUAUCAUAUUGGAUGAUGUAUGGGAUCGCCUUUGCUUGGAGAAGUUGGGUGACCCUCUUCGUGUGGAAGGCUGUAGACUGAUUCUAACUACUCGCUCGUAUGAAGUCUGCCAAAAGAUGGGUUGUCAGAAACUACUUGAAGUGGAGAAUCUCAAUACUUAUGAUGCUUGGGAGUUGUUCAGGAAGAGUCUAGGAUGCGAGACUGUGCUUAGGCCAGAUAUCGAGCCAGUUGCCAAAUCCAUGGCAGGAAGGUGCAAGGGCUUGCCGCUCGGGCUCAUCACUUUGGGGGGAAGCAUGAGAGGGGUGACUGAUAUAAGGGAGUGGAAGAACGCUUUGAAAGAAUUCCCCGAUGACAUGGAAAGUGACGUAUUCAAGGUACUGCAGUAUAGUUAUGAUCGGUUGAAAGAUAAAAAAAUGCAAGAGUGUUUCUUGUACUGUGCUUUGUAUCCUGAGGACUAUGGAAUUAAUAGAGAUGAACUAAUUGAUAGAUUUAUCAUGGAGGGACUGUUGAAGGCAAAUAGUAGGCAAGAAGAGUACAACCAGGGGCAUACCAUGUUGAAUAAACUAGUGAAGGUCUGCUUACUUGAAGAAAAUGAUGAUAUAGGAGAAGUAGUAAAGAUGCAUGAUUUACUCAGGGAAAUGGCAUUGCGGAUCACCAAUUUUAAACCAAGGUACAUGGUAAGGGCUGGAAUAGGAUCACAAGUGCCGGAGGAGCAAGAUUGGGCAUUCGAUUUGGAUAAAGUCUCUUUUUUUAGAAGCAAGAUAAAGGGAUUCCCUGAAGACAUGGCACCCAAUUGCCCCACAUUAUCGACCUUGAUUUUUACUUGGUGUUGUUUGGGAAGGAUCCCAGAAUCUUUCUUUCAGCAUAUGAACAACCUCCAAGUACUGGACUUGAGCUUCAACUCAGAGCUUAUGGAUUUGCCGAGUUGGAUAUCUAACUUGGGAAGUCUUAGAGCACUCUUGCUCCGAGGAUGUAAACAGCUCAGAUCUAUACCACCACUGGGAAAGCUCAAAAAUCUAAGGAUGUUAGAUAUAUCUGGAACUGGUAUUGAGGAAGUACCUCAAGGCAUGGGAAGCUUAGUCAAGCUUAAAUAUCUAUAUAUGCGUGGAAUAUUAUAUCUUGAUGAACUGCCAAAGGAGAUAUUACCUAAACUUUCCCAUCUUCAAUACCUCAAUCUUCCUCUAUGUAUUAAUGCACGAGGUGAAGACUUGACCAGCUUGGAACUGCUCGAAGAUUUCAAAGGCCGGUUCUGCGAUUUGCAUGACUUCUACAAGUUCAUGAGAAAUCGCCUUAACUAUGAGAAAGAUUGGUGGUAUGACAUAUUUGUAGGGCAAGAGAUGGACGCUUCUCGUCAUGAGGUCUUUGUAAAUAGUACAUUCAAAGAAAGAAGAGUGAUUGUACAAUGUUGCACCAUUGAAGCAGGUGGAGGAGAAGCGCCGCGAACAUCAAUUAUUCUUCCACAUGGCAUUGACAUUCUAGAGAUUACAAACUGCCAUGGGCUGAGUAGCUGCUUGGUGGACAAUUUUCUGUCACAGACAACUUUAGCAGGCUUGACUUGCGACAUCGAGCAUUGUGAUGACAUAGAAUGGAUUAUCAACGCUCCCUCUGGUAGAAAUACUACUAUAGACCCACACUGCAUACAUUUCCAUAGUCUGCGGGUUGAUGUUUUGCCAAAUCUUGUUGGGCUUUGUAAGGGAAAAAUUGCAUCUCAUGUUCCAUGUGACACCUUCUCUGGUCUGACAAAUCUGGUUAUUAGCAGAUGCAAUAGGAUAAAGAACUUGAUUCUGCGGGCUAUAUUGCAGGAUCUCGAAAACCUUCAGAAGCUUGUUGUACAAAGGUGUGAUGAGAUGGAAGAGAUAAUAGCUGAGGAAGCAACUGAACAAGAUGGAAGUAGCCUAUUAGGUACAAGUAGUGGCAUUCUCAUCCUUCCAAAGCUAACAGAGCUCCACCUAUACAGCCUGCCUAAAUUGAAGAAAAUCUGUGAGGGAAAACUGAUCUGUGAUUCCCUUGAAUCGAUGAGUUUAGGUCGCUGCCCCGAGCUGAGGCUGCCUUUCUAUACUCCCAAUACAAAUGGACAUCCUCUCCCAGCCCUUAGAGAAAUUGAAGUUGAAGAAGAUUGGUGGGAAACAUUGGAGUGGGAACAAUCCCGUAUCAAGACCCUCUUCCAACCUUACAUUUCAUAUGUGCGCCACUCCGCCAACCCCUAUGGCUAAGUGUCCAUUUCGUUUUUUUUUUUUUAAGAAAAAAGAAACAUUUGUUUGUGGCUCACUUGCUCAGCAAUGUUUUUCUCUAUGAUGCAACUUUUCUAAUUGCAUCUGAUGAAGAUGAUGAUACUUCAUCUGAUUGUGGCUCACUGGCUCAGCAAUGAGUAACCUUUCUUGCUGUAAUGACACACUCUUGCUCCUUUUUCACUUCCUUUUUCUUUU